AUGUCAGAUAGUGCAGCUGGCAUUCCCGCACAAGUAGCACCUAGUAAUGAAAGCCUGCAGUAUGAGUUAACAGGUGACGUGCCGAUGAUGGACGCUGAUGUUGCUGGAGAUGCUACAAUAUCGAAUAUGUUACAACCCGAACAACAACAACAACCAGAACAACAACAACAACCAGAACAACAACCAGAACAACAACAGCAGCUGCUGCUGCAUUUGCAGAAUGCCCCACAAGAACAAUUUGCUCACAAUCAAGACCAAAGUCAACAGCAGCAAACUGAAUAUAAUCCCAUCGACAAGAUCAAACAAAUACAGAUUAUGCCAGAAUUGACAAAGCUUCUUCUUGAAGUCAAUAACGGUACCAAACAAGCCAAGGACUUUGAUAAAUUGAUUGGUGGUUUAAGAUUGAAAAUCUCUAAAUUGAGACAGCACGUUUUGGAGAUCGAGGGCAUUGAAGACUCACCAGAAAGCAUGAAGGCACAAAUUGAAAAGCUAAAACAAGAUAAUCAGAGAAAACAAGCGGCAUUACAAGAGUUUAAGGAAAAAGUGGAUACUAUCUCAUAA